AUUAAAAACUUUAAAUAUAAUUUAAAUAUAAUUUUUUGUUAGAGAAAAAAGUUGCUUCUUUUACCAAAGAGAAUCCAUACAAUGCAUUUCGUGAAAGAUUGCGAAUUUCUGAGAAGCUCUAUAUAAAUUAUAUAUAGUUAUUUAUUUGUAAAUAAAAAAAAUUUUGUGUAUAUGUAAUAAUAUUUUAAUAUAAAAAAAGAUAUCACACAUACACACACGCGAUGAACGAUCAUGACGAACGAUAACCAAUCCAUAACAAUUGCCAAAAUAAUUAGCUUGCGUUUUGACAUUUAUAAUGUUUCCGUAAAAUGACUUAGCAUUUAGGUACUUUCUUAAUUUGUAUGAUUUAUAUCUAUUUGAAAAUGUCAGAUAUGCAAAAUAUAACAGAAGAGGAGGCGUUAUGUGAGACAAAGUUAUAUAUAAAAUUGACAAAUAAAGGAAUGUUUAUCUACGGUGGAUGGAGUAACGAGAGAUUACUCAAUUUACUAAAGGAUAAACUUAUGCGACGUAAUAUUAAAUCCUUAUGUACUGAUGCGCAAUACAAUAAAUCCUUACAUUUUAUUAUACACAGUGGAAUGUAUAAUGAAUGUAUUUUACUGAAACUAGAAGAAAAAGGUAGCAAGAUUUUCUCAUGAGAAUUUCUAUGCAUUUCGUUAUUUAUCGUUCUAUUACAUUAAAUAGUAAAUUUUAGGCAUGUCACCACAAAGUAUUGUGAAGGCAAUGAAAUAUGGUCUCCUUGGACUUACUUCUGAGGAACUGAAAUAUUUCGAAGAUUUUGGAGCAAAAAUAAGUGAAGAUACAUGGAUGAAAAAACUUGAUGAUAAAUUUAUUUGGAAUUUGGCUGCUACUGGAUUAACUGAAGAUCAAUGUUGGGCUAUUGUUACAUGUGGACUGGUGUCUCAAGAUAAAAGUAUAUUGUAUCGGCUUUUAUCGAGUGGCAUUGAUGUUCCAGGAAUUAUAAACUGGCAGGGAAAAGUUAAGCCAAUUUCACCAACAACAAUCCGUUUUCUGAGAAAGCUUGGGAUCGAUGAAAACACUUGUAAUUAUGUAAAAGAAAAUGGUAUUGAUGAUGAAGCAGAAGAUAUUCUAAUUGAUCUUGGAUACAAUGAAUAUAAGAAAAAGGAAGCUUUGAAAGUAACCGAGGUGUCUUAUAAUUAAUUUCAAGGAAUAUUAGAUAAAGCGCAUAGAAAAAUGAAUCUAUUUUAAAUAAUUAAUAGGAAAUAAUUAA